AUUGGCUGCCAAGAAGAAGAGCCAUGAAUUCCUCAUUUUAUGUGCGUUUCUUGGAUCUCAACCUGAAUGUGACAGAAGGUAACCUCUCUGCACCCAGUGUGAAGAACAAGUCUUUGCUGUGUGAAGAUAUGGGUAUCGCUGUGGAGGUGUUCCUGACUCUGGGUCUCAUCAGUCUCUUAGAGAACAUCUUGGUCAUUGGGGCCAUAGUGAAGAACAAGAAUUUACAUUCUCCCAUGUAUUUCUUUGUGUGCAGUCUAGCUGUAGCUGAUAUGCUGGUGAGCAUGUCCAAUGCCUGGGAGACCAUUACCAUAUACUUAAUCAAUAAUAAGCACGUGGUGAUAGCAGACACCUUUGUGCGUCAUAUAGACAAUGUAUUUGACUCUAUGAUCUGCAUUUCUGUGGUGGCGUCCAUGUGUAGUUUGCUCGCCAUUGCUGUGGAUCGAUAUGUCACCAUUUUCUAUGCCCUGCGCUACCACCACAUCAUGACUGUGAAGCGCUCAGGACUGGUGAUCGCCUGCAUCUGGACUUUCUGCACAGGCUGUGGCAUUGUCUUUAUUCUUUACUAUGAAUCCAAGUAUGUUGUCAUUUGCCUCAUCUCCAUGUUCUUCACCAUGCUGUUCCUCAUGGUCUCUCUGUACAUACACAUGUUCCUGCUGGCACGGACUCACGUCAAACGCAUUGCAGCUCUACCUGGGUACAGUUCUGUGCAGCAAAGGACCAGUAUGAAAGGUGCAGUAACCCUCACCAUGUUAUUGGGGGUGUUCAUUGUAUGUUGGGCUCCCUUCUUCUUGCAUCUUAUUCUGAUGAUUUCCUGUCCUCAUAACAUUUAUUGUUCUUGUUUUAUGUCUCACUUCAACAUGUACCUCAUCCUCAUCAUGUGUAAUUCUGUGAUUGAUCCUCUAAUAUAUGCCUUCCGCAGCCAAGAGAUGAGGAAAACUUUCAAAGAGAUUAUUUGUUGUCAUGGCUUUAGAAUACCCUGUAGAUUCCUUCGCAGGUAUUAA